UUCAAGAGCGAGUCUGAUGUUUCAUCAAAAUCUUAUUCUCAAGGCAAGUUUUAUUUUGUUUUAGCCAAAGGAGGUGGAAGAAUACUUUGUUGAAUGAGAAAGCAGCCUGGAAUCUCAUUGUGAGCACACGGCUUCAAGAGAAAUGCUGGGUGUGACCUUGCUGUUGGCCCUGGUUUCUGUGGCGGUGUCUGAGGAUAUUUUAAACAAGUGCAUGGAUGGCAAACAUCAUAAAAAAACUCCUGGAGCUGAGGGCAAACUUUUUCAGCAGUGUAAGCCGUGGAAGAGCAACGCCUGCUGCACAGCAAACACCACUGAGGAGGCACACGAAGACAACUCGUACCUCUACAACUUCAACUGGAACCACUGCGGCAUCAUGUCGAGCUCCUGCAAGAGACACUUCAUUCAGGACACCUGCUUCUAUGAGUGCUCCCCUCAUCUGGGUCCCUGGAUUCAGAAGGUGAACCAGUCGUGGCGGAACGAGCGAAUUAUCGAUGUUCCCAUUUGCAAAGAAGACUGUAACGGGUGGUGGGAGGACUGUAAGAAUGACUUAACCUGCAAAGAAAACUGGCACAAGGGCUGGGAUUGGAGCACAGGUACAAACAUUUGCCCAGCUGGGACAAAGUGCAGGAAAUUCACUGACGUUUUCCCCACGCCUCAGAGCAUGUGUGAGAAGAUCUGGUCCCGUUCCUAUGCUUACAGCAUGUUUGAGAGAAGCAGUGGGCGCUGUAUGCAGAUGUGGUUUGACGAGGGCACAAAUCCCAAUGAAGACGUUGCGCGAUAUUAUGCUGUAGAAAAAGGCUUGAUUAAUGGGGCCGCAUCCUUUAGUCUUCCAGCCUCCCUGUUUGGCCUCUUAGCAUUUCUUUCAUUGCUGUUGUUCUGAGUUAAAAUGUUUUAAUAAAAUAAUUGUUUCUAUUUA